AUGGAUACUUAUCGCGCCGAGUUGAAUGGAUUGCAAGCACGAUGGAUAGAGUUGGGCGGGGAAGCGAAUGCACUGGAUAAAAUGUCUACAUCCAUUCUUGACGUAGAAAUGGAUCCUGGAAUGAAAGCAUUGAGAGAUAUGGAGAGAGAACUGAAGCUGCAAAAAAGGUUAAGAGAUGCCCAAAGUAAGAUCGACUUGGGAGUGGUUCAGAUUGCUUGA